AUGAACGACAGCGGCGUCAAUAUUGACAAGACUCCCACGAUGCCCAACUCGAACACCUCGCCCAAUGCCUCCACCAUCACCGUGAAUACCACCAAGACCCCCGCUGCCAAUUUCCCUCCCCCGAAGACCGAUAAACCCCGGCCGCAUGUCUGCGCAACUUGCCAGAGGUCGUUUGCCCGUCUGGAGCAUUUGAAGCGUCACGAACGUUCCCACACCAAGGAGAAGCCCUUCGCCUGCCCGGAGUGCACAAGAUGUUUUGCACGUCGCGACCUCUUGCUGAGACACCAGCAGAAACUGCAUCAGACCACUACCCCUUCCUCUAGGCCUCGUAAUCGCCGGGAGAGCGCCGCCAGCGCCAACCCUGUUCAGUCUCGCGCACGCAAAAAUAGCAUUGCCGGCCCAAGUGCGGCCGCAGCUGCCGCCAACGCCGCCGCGUCCAUGAGGCCAAGGGCUAACACGAUCAGCCAUGUUGACGUCCAGAUGCUUGCUGCAGCCAAUGCAUCCGUCGCAAGGGCCAUGCCCAGCCACAACCGUCACCCCAGCCUUGCCGGCCUGCCGCUCCAUCACAACAUCGAUAAUCUGUUCGGCGGCAUGUCCGUCGCCAUGGGGCAGCGCGGGAUCAACCCUCAUGGCCUUCCCAAACUAGAGACGGGCCAGCUCAAUCAGAUGGACUUUAGUGGCGGCCUGCGAACCGCCCCUCCCAUGCCCUUCUCUAAUGACCAGCACCUGGAUGACACCAUCGAUUGGUUGAGUGGGUUUGAUCACCAGAUGUCAUUCCAUCACCCCAAUGAAAAUGCCGUCGACGGCUCAAGCCCGUCCGCCAUCAGUAGCACGAGCCAGAGCGGCCUCAGCGACGUCAUGUUGGAUGGCUCUAACCACCCUGCACCCGUGGGCACGAGCUCCAUGUGGCAGCCGACGUCCAUGGGCCCUCCCCAAAUGCCCAAUCCGUUUGCUUUGGAUCUCAACAGCUCCGUGUUCCCUGACCUCAUGAACGGAUCUCCCAUCUCACCCCAGCCUGCAUCGCAAAAGCUCAACGACGCCUAUUUCUCCACUCCUCCCUCGUCCCUUACCUCGCUUAGCCCAACCCUCGUCAACGGGAUCACAGCAUCGCAAAACAUCAACCAAGCUCUCUCUUUCAACAACGCCCCCGAGACGCCCACCUCUUUGGCUAACGGCGGCAAUGGCAAUACGCAGCAGGCCACCGCCCCCGAGCAUUCCCGAAGCCACCCGAAACGCCAUUGUAAACGCCCUCAACCAUAG